GCGGCAGCUGCGGCGCGACCAGGCCGGGCAGCGCGAGCGCACAGACAGCGUGAGGUCCUCGCAACCCGGCGCAGCCAUGGAGCCCCGCGCGGACUCAUUCCAUGAUGUCCCUGUCGGUGCGGCCGCAGCGCCGCCUGCUCAGCGCCCGGGUCAGUAGGAGCCAGUCCUUCGCCGGCGUCCUCGGCAGCCACGAACGGGGGCCCAGGAGCUUCCAGGUCUUCAGCCCUCCGGGGUCCCCCCGGAAGGCCCCCGCGCUGUCUCGCGUGUCCAGGAUGUUUUCCGUGGCCCACCCAGCUCCCAAGGUGCCGCAGCCCGAGCGGCUGGACCUGGUGUACGCUGCACUUAAGAGGGGCCUCACGGCCUACUUAGAGGUGCACCAGCAGGAGCAGGAGAAACUCCAGGGGCAGAUAAGGGAGUCCAAGAGGAAUUCACGCCUGGGCUUCCUGUAUGACUUGGACAAGCAAGUCAAGUCCAUCGAACGCUUCCUGCGGCGACUGGAGUUCCACGCCAGCAAGAUCGACGAGCUGUAUGAGGCGUACUGUGUCCAGCGGCGCCUCCGGGAUGGUGCCUACAACAUGGUCCGUGCCUACAGCACUGGGUCCCCGGGCAGCCGAGAGGCUCGGGACAGUCUGGCGGAGGCCUCCCGGGGCCAUCGUGAGUACACAGAGAGCAUGUGUGUGCUGGAGGGCGAGUUGGAGGCACAGCUGGGCGAGUUUCAUCUCCGGAUGAAAGGGCUCGCUGGCUUCGCCAGGCUGUGUGUAGGUGACCAGUACGAGAUCUGCAUGAAAUAUGGGCGUCAGCGCUGGAAACUCCGGGGCCGCAUAGAGAGCAGUGGAAAGCAGGUGUGGGACAGCGAGGAAACCAUCUUUCUCCCUCUGCUCACGGAAUUCCUGUCCAUCAAGGUGACAGAACUGAAGGGCCUGGCCAAUCACGUGGUUGUAGGCAGCGUCUCCUGUGAGACCAAGGACCUGUUUGCUGCCCUGCCCCAGGUUGUGGCUGUGGACAUCAAUGACCUUGGCACCAUCAAGCUCAGCCUGGAAGUCACAUGGAGCCCCUUCGACAAGGAUGACCAGCCCUCGGCUGCUUCUACUGUCAAUAAGGCCUCCACAGUCACCAAGCGCUUCUCUACCUAUAGCCAGAGCCCACCAGAUACUCCCUCACUUCGGGAGCAGGCCUUCUAUAACAUGCUCCGGAGGCAGGAAGAGCUGGAGAAUGGGACAGCAUGGUCCCUGUCCUCCGAAUCCUCGGACGACUCAUCCAGCCCCCAGCUCUCAGGCACUGCCCGCCACUCAUCAGCCCCCAGGCCCCUGGUGCAGCAGCCCGAGCCCUUACCCAUCCAGGUUGCCUUCCGAAGGCCUGAGACCCCCAGCUCUGGGCCCGUGGAUGAGGAGAGAGCCAUGGCCCCAGCUCUGGCCAAUGGGCAUGCCCCCUACAGCCGGACUCUGAGCCACAUCAGUGAGGCCAGUGUGGAUGCUGCCUUGGCUGAGGUUUCGGUAGAGGCUGUGGGGCCAGAAAGCCUAGCCCAGGGACCGAGCCUGCCUGUACACCGAGAUCCCAUCUAUGGGGAGCACCCCAGCCCUCCCCUUCCUGCCCCAGACCCCAGCCACACUGCCACAAGCCCCACCCUCAGUGCUACAGGCCCUGCCUCCACACCUGCAGACUCUGCCCCAUCUGCACACCUGGACUCAGUUUCCAAAGCCACAGACUCCAGCCCUUCUGAACUGCCAGGCCCUAUCUGUGCCACUACAAGCUCCACCUCUAGUGCUGUAAGCCCUACCCACAGUGUUGCAAGCCACACUGUCACUACUACAGGCUCUAACUGUCAGCCCACUACUGCAGGCUUUACCACUACAGGCCCUAGCCAGAAUACUGCAAGCCCCACUCACAGUACUGUAAGCCCCGCCCAUACCACUGCAAGCUCCACCCAUACUACCACAAGCCCCACCCAGAACACCACUGUGUUAACUCUCACCACUGCGAAUCCUAACCCCAACACUACAGGCCCAGUCCAGACCCCUGCAAGCCCUGCCCACUCUGUUACAAGCCCCACCCAGAGCACCACUGUGUUAACUCCUACCACUACAAGCCCCACCCCCAGUGCUAUGAGCCCAGUCCAGACCACCACAAGCCCCACCCAGAACACCACUGUGUUAACUCCCACCACUACAAGUCACACCCUCAGUGCUAUGGGCCCAGGUCAGACCACCACAAGCCCCGCCCUUAUAACAUCAAGCCUUUCCACUUCUCCAGACCACACUACGCUCCCCAGCCCCUCUGCACCUGUGUGCCCCACCCUCUUAGGCACCCACCCCUUGCCCUGUAGCCAGCCAAUCUCUACUCCCAGUAUUCAGGCAGACUGCAUAGCCCCCAGCACCUCCUACCCAAGUGCAGCCUGUUCUGGUUGGAAACCCCUCGUGAGCCCUGCCCCCGACAUCCCAGAGCCCAUCUCGCAGAGCCCAAGCCCCCCUCCUUCACCCCAAACUCCCGCACUGCAGCAUUCAGAACCUCGCCUGGUCUCGGCUGCCCAAGACCCAGUCCCAGGGGCAGCUGGAGGGGCUGGGGAUAGGAGACUAGAGGAGGCCCUGGGGGCCCUAAUGGCUGCCCUGGAUGACUAUCGUGGCCAGUUCCCUGAGCUACAGGGCCUGGAACAGGAGGUGACCCGGCUGGAGAGUCUGCUUAUGCAGAGACAAGGCCUGACUCGUAGCCGGGCCUCCAGUCUCAGUAUCACUGUCGAGCACGCCCUGGAGAGCUUCAGCUUCCUCAAUGAAGACGAAGAGGAAGACAGUAAUGGUCCUGGGGACAGGCCCCCAGGCAGCCUGGAGGCUGGGGCUGAGGACAGCCUAGACUCACCUAGCGCCUGCCCCCUCAGCACAGGGUGCCCAGCCCUGGACACCGCCUUGGCCCAGCACCUGUAUCACUGCAGUCGCCUCCUGCUGAAACUGGGCACGUUCGGGCCCCUGCGCUGCCAGGAGGCAUGGGCCCUGGAGCGGCUGCUGCGGGAGGCCCGCGUGCUUGAGGCAGUGUGUGAGCUCAGCAGGCUGUGGGACGUCCCCGUCACGUCUGCCCAGGAAGUGGUGCAGUUCUCCGCCUCUCGACCUGGCUUCCUGACCUUCUGGGACCAGUGCACAGAGGGUCUCAGCCCCUUCAUCUGCCCCGUGGAGCGAGUGCUCCUUGCCUUCUGCAGCCAGCACGGUGCCCGCCUCUCCCUGCGCCAGCCAGGUUUAGCUGAAGCUGUGUGUGUGAAGUUCCUGGAGGAUGCCCUGGGGCACAAGCUGCCACGGAGGCCCCAGCCAGGCCCUGGUGAGCAGCUCACCAUCUUCCAGUUCUGGAGCUACGUCGAAACCUUGGACAGCCCCUCCAUGGAGGCCUAUGUGACCGAGACUGCCGAGGAAGUGUUACUCGUGCGGAAUCUGAACUCAGAUGACCAGGCUGUUGUACUGAAGGCCCUGAGGUUGGCACCUGAGGGGCGGCUGCGCAGGGAUGGGCUUCGGGCCCUCAGCUCGCUGCUCGUUCAUGGGAACAACAAGGUCAUGGCUGCUGUCAGUACCCAGCUCCGGAGCCUGUCACUGGGCCCUGCCUUCCGGAAGAGGGCCCUCCUGUGCUUCCUGGACCAGCUAGAGGAUGAGGAUGUACAGACCCGAGUGGCUGGCUGCCUGGCCCUCGGCUGCAUCAAGGCUCCUGAGGGCAUCGAGCCCUUGGUGUUCCUGUGCCAGACAGACACGGCAGCCGUGAGGGAAGCUGCCCGGCAGAGCCUGCAGCAGUGCGGGGAAGAAGGUCAGUCUGCCCAUCGACGGCUGGAGGAAUCACUGGACGCCCUGCCCCGCAUCUUUGGGCCUGGCAGCAUGGCCAGCACAGCAUUCUAAACUCUCCGUCCACCGGCUCCCAGGGCCCCUUCCCCCUACUUUCAGGGCUUACCAGGCACUGGCAGGGAGGGUGAGGGCUGGCUCGAUACCCCUCCCCCACAGAUUCCUAUCAAUGUAAAGUCUAAUAUAUUCUUCUGUUGCCCCUGGGGUUGGUAGAGUUGGUGCCUGCAGUCAAGUGCCUCCCAGCCUCAGCAUGGCACGUCCCAGCCACAGUCAGUGUCCGGGGCCUGGCACCCUGCCCCUGCCCCGCCACAUCCAUGGUUUUGUAUUUUAUUUACAGAGUUUUACAGAAAAUAAACAGAUUGCCUUUCCUACAUGGCUUGGUCCACUUCUC